AUGGUGUCUUUCAAGAAACUCUUCAUUUCAACCUCCCUUCUCCUCAAUGGGAUUGCUGCAUUCCCAACCCAAACUGGGACGCUGAAAAUCGCCGCUACUGAGGUCCGCGCCGUCCAUAUCCUGUGCGGUAAUGAGGAAACAGAUGCCAAAACUGCAAUGCAGGCUGCUAUUGGCGCUGACAGUGUCACUAUCGGGGCCCAAACUCGGGAAAAAUAUCUUGAAGCAAAAAAAGGAAUCGAUGCCGUCAAGCCCAACUUCACAUUCAAUAAAGUGGUUAUCUACGGCGCUGAAAUUAAAGUUACGGAUACAACUGCGAUAACUCUCUCGAGUGUAACCGGAGCCACAACCCUUACCGAGGGCACUGGUCCGAGAAUUUGCAGACAGUCUCAAUAG